UUGACCAUGAAAACUGGAUCCUGGACCUGGACGAGGCCAACGAAAGCGACGACCCAAGAGCGUUCCUUCUCUACAAUGCUAAAGAGGCCUAUGGAAUGAAUGACCUGAUGCCGUCCUCCUGGUCCGACCUAGUCUACGUGAUGGAUCAACCGAACAGCACCGUUUUCGAGACAUUUUACAGGUCUCGCUGCGACACGCUCAGCCCCGCCUGAAGUUCCGGCGACAGUACGUCUGAGCGAAGGCGGGAGCCGUGCCCAGGAAUGCUUCGUGAGCAACAUGCUUAACGGAAUUCUUAUUUACUGGAGUAAAAGGCAAUAUUU